GAGCUGAGACCUGGUGCCGAGCGCCGGGCUAGCGGUCCGGGACCCUGAUGCUGUUGGUUCACAUCCUGUCGGCGGGCCCCGAGGCCGCGGGGUCCAGGCAGAGUCCGGACAAAGGCCACCUGGUCUUCCGAGUGCAGGUGCGGUGCGGCGGGCGCAGACACACGCUGUCCAGGCGCUACAGCGAUUUCCACGCGCUGCACCGGCGGAUCAAGAAACUGUACCAAGUGCCUGACUUUCCCUCCAAACGCCUGCCUGGCUGGAGAACCAGAGGGCUGGAGCAGCAGCGGCUGGGCCUGGAGGCCUAUGUGCAGGGCAUCCUGCACUUGAACCAGGAAGUACCCAAGGAGCUUCUGGAAUUCCUGGGUCUUCUGCACUCCCCCGCAGACCUCAAGACCAGCAGCUGGGGAGCCGCUGCCCAGCGUGGUGGUCCGAGGUGUUCUCCAGGGCCUCUACAGCAGCCUGCCCGACAGCCAGCCAGAGGCUUGCGGCCACUGACCCCCCGGAAACAGGCCACCUGUCAGCACCAUCACAUGCCCCUGUUCCAGCAGCCCAGACAAGGGGCAUGGCCACUGUCCUCUAGGUCUGGGCCUGGGAUUCAGCCCCCAAGCUCCAAGUUCAGCGGCAGCCCAGAUCCCGGUACAGGACUGGGGACAGGGUGAGAGGACAAGGAUGCUUUGAGGGGUCCGACUGCUUCGAGUGGGGGUUACUCCUUUACUCCUAGCAGCUGGGUGAGGUGCAGCUGGAGGCAGUUUAGACGUGAGGAGCCAACAGAGCUCCUGGUGGACAU